GCGACAUCACCACUCUUGCCUUCCUCCCGCAGCAGCACCACAAGACACCACCAGCGCAGCCGACGAACAAUGGCCCUUUUGCAGCCCAACAACACCUCAUCCUAGCACCACCGCCUUGACUCGUGGUAUCAGAGCCAGAAGCAUGGCGUCCUUGCGCAUGAGGGCUCCAUCGCCGGGCUUGUUGCGCUAUCUUCGAUCACAAUCCGAUCAGCUGAGCCUCUGGCUUGAGCCUCCCUCGGCCUCCUCCUCGGUCGCUCGCAUAGCAUGCGCGGCGUCGCGCGCCCGACGCAAUGCCCAGAAGUGCCCGAGGGCCGUCGAUACCGACCCGUCGGCUACACCAACCGCGAAUACGAAUCUUAAUACGAAUCUUCAAGCCGGCUUGCUAAACUUCGAUGGCAUCCUGCGCACUCGCACCGCCCGUCAAGUCAAGGCUACUCGCCACGCAAAGUCGCCAGACUUCUUCACAGCCUUGGGCGGUACCCGCUGGAGUUCGACCGACAGCCGCGACGACUCGUGCGCUCCAUCCUGGCGUGAGAGGCUGUUCGGCCAGCCGCCCCGACGAGCUUUACAGCCGCUGGAACCCGACGACUUGCCCGGCGGAUCAAAUGACGGAGACCACCACUCCAUGUUCAACAGCCGUAGGCAGCUGAGGCAAAAAGCCGCGCUGGAGCCCAGGCUGCGCUGCACCGAGGUCGACGAGCACGGCAAUGCAGUCCUGGUCGAUGGAGAGUUCAAGAAGAGCGAGUUGAUAGCCCGAUUUGGACUCUUGCCGCGUGACUUGCGCAAGAUCGACUCCUCAAAUCUGCCCCAUAUCCUCGUUCGCCCCUCUGCAAUUCUCCUCAACUUACUCCACCUCAAAGUCCUCAUCAAGUACAACACGGUCCUUCUCUUCGAUGUGUACGGAUCCAAAGCUUCAUACCCGCAGUCUGCAUUCAUGUAUGACUUGCAGGGAAAGCUCCAGCAGAAGUCACAAGGCAGCAGCGGAGGGCUACCUUACGAAUUCCGCGCCCUCGAGGCUGUGCUCCAGUCAGUCACUCAGGAGCUCGAGAACGACUUUGAGGCUGUGCGUGAGCCGGUCUUGCGGAUCUUGAGCGAGCUCGAGGAGGACAUUGACCGACACAAGCUCCGUAUCCUCCUCAUUCUCUCCAAGCGCGUGAGCACCUUUGAGCAGAAAGCCAAGCUCGUCCGAGAUGCGAUCGACGAGCUGCUCGAGGCCGAUGACGACUUGGCCUCCAUGUAUCUGACUGAAAAGACGCACGAUCUAUACCGUGGGCUGGACGAUCAUACGGAGGUGGAAAUGCUUCUCGAAUCUUACCACAAGCUCUGUGAUGAGGUCGUCCAGGAGGCGCAGAAUCUGGUGUCUGGAAUCAGAAACACCGAAGAGAUCAUCCGCGCAAUCCUUGAUGCCAAUCGUAACGCGCUCAUGUUGCUUGAGCUCAAAUACAGCGUCGGCACUCUUGGUCUCGCCAUGGGCACGUUCAUCGCAGGUCUGUACGGCAUGAACCUGGAGAACUUCAUCGAAGAGACCAACUGGGGCUUUGGCGCCGUGACUGUGGUCUCCACGCUCAUGUCCUUGUGGGUUUGCCGGUAUGGACUGGGAAAGCUCCGUGUGCUCCAGCGCGUCAAGAUGUCUGGUGACUCGACCAGCCGGGUCACCAACUCGCACAACAGCCACUGGUUCCAUGACGAGGCCCACGCAGGGCUGCUCGACCCCCGGAACCGCGAGAAGCUACGCCGCUUGAACCAGCAGAAAGCUCUGCCAAGAACGCAACCAAAGAAGAAGUGGUGGGGCAUGUAGGCGUCGCUGCUGGGUGUAAUUGCAAACGCGAGGUCAACCACUGUACUUUAAUCUCUCCUCUGCACCUUCGCGCAGGUCUUCAUUUAGGGACGAUCUUUCUACCAGCAGCUGUUUCAGGCAAUUCAGCUCUUUGUACAAUAAGCUUCAUGUGUAUGAUCUCAUGAUUGUUUUAGAUUAGAGGGGGAACAAGGACCCGAGAAACGGAUUGCUUCUUCAAACUUGUAUAUAUAUAUAUAUAUAUAUAUA